GCCGGGCCAGGUGCGUUCCCCCCAUCCCUCCGGGUCCCCGAGGGCCUGGCGCUCACCUGGGGAGCCUAGCCCGACAGUCACCUGCCCCCCCACCGGUCACACUUGAGCGCUGCCCCGGCCCAGCCGGAUCCAGCGGAUUAACCUCCAAGGGCGUCCGGGGCCUCGCCUUGGCGCCCGGCCCGGCGCGAGCCCUCAGGUCUCGGCGCUGGCGGGAGACUUCGACCGCUCGCAAGGACAUCUCCUGUAGGCGACCUGGUCCCUGGAGGAUCGGGGGCGCUCUGGGCGACCUCAGGAGCAGGCUUGUAGGAAGGCGGCUGGAAGGAACCGGUCCGCUCGUGCAGGUCCUGCCCUCUUUGUGCAAAGGCGGAGGGGUUUCUUCAGGGCUGGCCACGCUUUCUCAGAAGAUGCUGAUGUUAAUAAUGACCUGUCCUCUGCUCGGAGCGCAGCAGGCAUUCCUUGUCACAGGCUGCGUCUGCAUGGCCUUGAUAGCCGAGUUGAAAGACCAUUCGUAAAAUACUGCAGUGACUUAGGAAGAAAAUAUUGCAGUAUAAUAAACGUUAGUAGGCUGCUGAAAGAUACGGUAUCCGCACUGAAACUAGAGCUCAAAAUGAAACUACUGUGUAAAGUUGUAUUUGUGUAAAGAUAAUAAUCACACCGGUUUUGUGGUGUGUCUUAGUUGUAUACAGCAGUGUGUAUAUUUUGCUAAAAUUAGUGUUCAUGCAAAAUUGAAAUACAUUCUCUACGUUUGUAGCUUUUAUUGUACACAUUUUUGUAAUGAUAAGGAACUAUAAUAGCUUUGUUCUGCAGAUAUAUCAAUGCUAUGUGAAUGAUAGAAUGGUGUACAUCUUAUCUAUGGAGACUGUAUAAAAUUUUCCAUUUCAGGACGUUUCAGGAUUUUGAAGUCACUUAAGCACUUGCCAAGGCUUAAAGACAUUGUUGGACACUGAUAUCCUAUCUCCUAAAAUGUGAUAGUCACAUCCUUCCUGCUAAGCUUAUUUUGUGAAGGUUAAUAGUCAAGAUGGUACAUGCUGAAGCCUUUUCUCGUCCAUUGAGUCGGAACGAAGUUGUUGGUUUAAUUUUCCGUUUAACAAUAUUUGGUGCAGUAACAUACUUCACUAUCAAAUGGAUGGUAGAUGCGAUUGACCCAACCAGAAAGCAGAAAGUAGAAGCUCAGAAACAGGCAGAAAAACUGAUGAAGCAAAUUGGUGUGAAAAAUGUGAAGCUUUCAGAAUAUGAAAUGAGUAUUGCUGCUCAUUUAGUAGACCCUCUUAAUAUGCAUGUUACAUGGAGUGAUAUAGCAGGUUUAGAUGAUGUCAUUACAGAUCUGAAGGACACAGUCAUCUUACCUAUCAAAAAGAAGCAUUUGUUUGAGAAUUCCAGGCUUCUGCAGCCUCCAAAAGGUGUUCUUCUGUAUGGACCUCCAGGCUGUGGGAAAACGUUAAUUGCCAAAGCUACAGCCAAAGAAGCAGGCUGUCGAUUUAUUAACCUCCAGCCUUCGACACUGACUGAUAAGUGGUAUGGAGAAUCUCAGAAACUGGCUGCUGCUGUUUUCUCCCUUGCCAUAAAGCUGCAACCUUCCAUCAUAUUUAUAGAUGAAAUAGACUCCUUUCUACGAAACCGUUCAAGUUCUGACCAUGAAGCUACAGCCAUGAUGAAAGCUCAGUUUAUGAGCCUCUGGGAUGGACUGGAUACUGAUCACAGCUGCCAGGUCAUAGUGAUGGGAGCUACCAAUCGCCCUCAAGACCUUGACUCGGCUAUAAUGAGAAGAAUGCCUACAAGGUUUCAUAUCAACCAGCCUGCUCUAAAACAAAGAGAAGCAAUCUUGAAACUCAUCCUGAAAAAUGAAAAUGUGGAUAGACAUGUAGAUCUUCUAGAAGUUGCCCAGGAAACUGAUGGGUUUUCAGGAAGUGACCUAAAAGAAAUGUGUCGAGAUGCCGCCCUCCUCUGCGUCAGGGAGUAUGUCAAUUCUACAUCAGAGGAAAGUCAUGAUGAAGAUGAAAUCCGGCCUGUGCAGCAGCAGGACCUGCAUCGGGCAAUUGAAAAGAUGAAGAAAUCAAAGGAUGCAGCGUUUCAGAAUGUUUUGACUCAUGUUUGUUUAGAUUAGAAGUAAAGAUCAUUUGUAUGGUUCAGUGAUCUCAUGUGGGAUGCACUCUCAUCCUUACAUCAGUGAGGGAGAUCCUGUCUGUGGUUUUAUACUCAGAUCCUAAGUUAUUACCGUCUGUCAUGUCAAUGGUAUUACUGCUUGUCGAAAUCAUGAGGAGGAAGUUCAGUCAGCCUGUGUGGGUGCUUGUUUGACCUUUUAGCCAUAUGCUGUCAUAGCCUUAUAGAGUCUAAGCUGGUCUUAAAGUAAUAAAUGAUUUGUUCAGUUAGUAGUGAGGAGUGGGAUGUGGUUAGGUGCUGGUUUCUAGACAUGUGAGUGUGAAUGUGAGUGUUUAUGUAUGAGUGUAUAUCAAAAUGUAUAUAUCUACAUUUUUCUUUGAUAUUCUAUAGAUAGGCUUGAAUACAGAAAACUUUUUUUUUUUAACCCCAACUAUGAAGUCCAAAAGCACCCGAUAGUCUGUAGCAAAACUUGGAUUUAAGGCGGGAUCUGACAGGUACAGUGAUUCGGCCAUUCCUAGUUGUCACUUCUUUAGGCCACUUUUAAGUUGAAAAUGUCCUCUGCAGUUGGUUGAAUCAACCACAUCUGAAUCUGUACAUGUGUCUCAAUUAUAAUGAUUGUCAGGAGAAUCAGAUAACAAACAUGAUUUUCUCAGUGAUCAGCAUUGAGUGGUUGAUUGUUAGGCAGACUGAUCAGCAUUGAGUUCACCUCAUUCUGCUCUAACACCUGAGUAGGUUUCUUUAAGUUUUACAUUGAUUUAUAGUAAGAUGGGUUGAAAACCUUUCAAAACAGUGGAUUUGAGACACCUCAGUGCUCUUUAAUACGUGUACAUGACUUUCAGUGUAACAGUUCUAUAGCUAUGUUCCUUAAAUGUUGUUUAAAAGUUACAUGUUUUUUAAUUAUGUUCAAAUUUCAUUUGGUCACCCAAACAAAAUGAUAGUUUAUAUAAAUAGUCAUUACUAAAUGUACUAAAAAAAUACUCAUUUUGUAACUUAAAUUUAAAAUUUUUCUCAGCAUAGUAUAAAUUGUACAAAUAUAUACAUCAGAAUUCCUGUGUUGUAUCUGUAGUCACUUGAUGCUGUGUGAACCACAUAUAAAGCUCUCUGUUUUCAGACCUCAGUAACCAGAAUUCUGUUGCAGGCACCUCAGCAUAAAACAGAGCAGAAGAUAAUGCCACAGCACAAUCUUUAGGUGCCUCUGAAUCAUCAGACAGAUUAAAUUAUGGCAAAAAUGCUUUUGUUUUUAUUACUUGUUUUAUUUCUUUGAAAACUAAAUCUUCAUAGGUUUAUUGGAUUAAUUUCUGUGGUAAUAUGUCUCACAAGACCUACUGGAUGCUUUACUCCUGCUUUUGUGCUUUGGUGGAUGUAGACUGCAGGAGAAUGCUUUGGCUAACACAGAGCAAGCCAUGCAGAUUGUGAAGAUGAUGUGAGAUGAAUGCGAAUACAAGACACCAAGGAACAUGUGCUUUUUUAUAAUUUACAAUAAAAGGUCCUUUUGAUUCUUU